UUUAAGAAAUCUUUAGUACAUUAUAGUUUUAUUUUAAAUUCGGCUUGAAAGAUAUUGUAAAAUAAUUAAAAGAAUAACAUUGUCGGAACUUAUUAAAGACACGUUUGCAACGUACAAUCAGGUUUGGUUAGGAACUUUUGUUGACAAUUGUCUACUUAUAUAGGAAAGAAAAACAUAUAUAUGAAAAAUAUAUUUACAUGAUACGAAUAAGUCUAUUUAUUUAUUCAACAGUUAAUUCUGUAAAACAUCGUUGCUUGUCGAUUACAUCGAAACAAAAUUGCAUAAUGAAAAGAAGCCUACGUAAAACGACUCAAAUAAAACAGAUAAUUGAAUUGAGUGAUUCUGAAAAUGAUGAUAAUGUUAUAAAGGAUGAUGAAUAUGUUCCAGAAAAAAAAGUUUCAAAAGUAGAUCAAACAAGAAAAAGAAUUAGAAAAGAUGAUCCAAAUGUAGAUCGUAAAAAAAGAAAGUCUAGCACACUUUUAUUGCCUUCAAAGGAAGAACAAACAGAUUUAAGAGAAAAGAUACAAUCUAAAAAAACAAAAAGUAAAAAGACAGUAACACAAGCUAUUGAUAAGGAGAAUGUUAAAGAAUUAAAAAAUAUUCAAUUUAAUUCUGUACAAUGCAAAGAAUGGACUGAAUUAGAUUAUGUUUGCGAAAAGAACAGUAUUGAUAGGCAUACUGCUGAAAAUGUUAUAAAACUUUUCAAUGAUGAGAAUACAAUACCAUUUAUUGCAAGAUAUAGAAAAAAUAUAACUGGUGGUCUGGAGCCGGAUAAACUAAGGGCCUUAAAAGAGAGUCUUGAUCAUGCUAAAUUAAUUAAACAACGUGCUGCUACUAUAACAAAAAGUAUAGAUAAACUUGGACAAUGGUCACCAGAAGUACAUGCUGCUAUUGUAUCUGCAAAAUGCUUGGAUGAUUUAGAACAUAUAUAUUCCUUUUUUAAACCUGCAUCUAAAGCAUCUUUAGCAGAAAAAGCAAGAAAAUUAGGUUUGGGACCUGUCAGUGAUUCUAUAUUACAAGGUCACCCAUUGCCUCAAUUAUCAUCUCUUAUUUCUGACAAGGAUGGUUUAAAAACUGAACAACAGAUUAAAGAUGGUAUUAUACACAUAAUAGCAGAAACUAUAAAUAAAGAUAAAAUGGUAUUUGACAGAGUUAAAGAGCUCCAAAGCGUAUCAAUCAUAAGCAUACAAAGUACAGAAUGUAAAAGCGGUAAAUCUAAGAAUGAUAAAAAAGAAGGAGAUAAAAAGAAGAAGUACGAAAUGUAUUAUAAUUUUGAUACAAAUACUAAAAUCAUUAAACCACAUCACAUAUUAGCUAUUAAUAGAGGAGAAGCACAAAAAAUUUUAAGCGUUAAACUAAGUUUACCUAACUCUUUUGAAGAACAAUUUAAAGCAUAUUGUUUGAAACUGUACAGACAAGCUAUGGCAGCAUCAAAACUACACACCGAAAUACUACAUAAUAGCAUUGAUUACGCAUAUAAGAAAUUUAUUAAACCAUUGGUAACACGUCGCGUUCGAAAUGAAUUAAAACAAAAAGCAGAGACAGCAUCUAUUGAAGUCUUUGCGAAUAAUGUUAAACAGUUACUUCUUAUUCCACCAGUUCGUGGAAAAAUGAUACUUGGUAUAGAUCCAGGAUUUUAUCAUGGUUGCAAACUAGCAGUAAUUUCUGAGCAUGGAGAUGUACUUGAUACAAACGUAAUUUAUCCGCACGGUAGCUCGAAUAUGUUUGAAAAAUCAUCUGAUAUUUUAAUAGAUUUAGUUAAGAAGCAUAAAUGUACAAUUUUAGCACUAGGUAAUGCUACAGCCUGCAGAGAAACUGAAUCAUUCUUAGAUAAAUUGAUUAAAUCUAAAGCAUUUGGUUCAUUAGACGUUUUAUAUACAAUAGUUGAUGAAACAGGAGCAUCAAUUUACAGUUGUAAUGCAGAGGCAAAAUCUGAAUUUCCUGAUCUUGAUACAAACGUAAUUUCUGCUAUUUCUAUAGCAAGACGUUUACAAAAUCCACUUGCUGAAUUAGUAAAAAUAGAACCUAAACAUUUGGGUGUAGGAAUGUACCAACAUGAUCUACCCGAGAAACAGUUAUUAACUACUUUAAAUGAAGUAGUUUCAGAAGCUGUAAGUUUUGUAGGAGUGGAUGUAAAUACUGCGUCCCAAUGUCUUCUAAAAAGAGUUGCUGGACUAAAUGCAGUCAGAACAAAGAAUAUUAUACAAUGGAGAACUGAAUUUGGUGCAUUCAAAAACAGGCAACAAUUGUUGGAUGUUAAAGGAAUUGGAAACAAAGUGUUUGAACAGUGUGCUGGUUUCAUUAGAAUACUUCCAGAAACUUCAAUGACUGAUAAUUCAGUAAAAAUUAAAGACUCUAAAAAAUCUAAACAUAGUUUUAAUUUAUUAGAUCAAACUUGGAUACAUCCUGAGUCAUAUAAAAUAGCUGAACGGUUUUUAAAAUAUUGUAAUUGCAAUUUAGAAAAUCUUGGAACCACAACGUUUAUUGAAAAAAUAAAAUCGCAUGCCGAUGAAGGGUAUGCUGUUUUAGCCGAAAAAUGUGGUACGAAUGCAGCAACAAUGGAGAUAAUAGUAAAAGGCUUGUCUAUGAAAAAAGAUGAAGAUAUAAGGUUUAAAACCGCUGGUCCUCUCUUUCAGAAGAAUAUGAUUACUAUUGAUGAUAUAAAUACUGAAACUGUAUUAACUGGUGCAGUCCGAAAUGUAACACAUUUUGGAGUAUUUGUUGAUAUAGGAGUAGGUACAUGCGGGUUAAUACCAACCACAUUGUUGAACAAUUCUACUGUUUCAAUAGGUCAACGUGUAGAAGUGAAGGUAGUUGCAAAAGAUCCGUGUCGUAAUAGGAUUACUUUAAAAUUAAUUAAUGUUUUAUAAUGU